AUGGAAGAGACGGAGGCCUGGAGGCCAGAAAGGCUGCAGUGGAGUCCCCCAGACUUGGCCCUUCUUGGUGGGAGAAGCCUCAUAGGAGAGCUGAAGGCCAGCUCCAAGUCCUUCUUGGGCCACCAGGCCCACUCGCGCAACCCCUUCCCCAGUGUCCCUGCUGGACCGGAGUACGCCUUCGGCCGGGUCCCUCAGAGAGCUUCCCACCGGCCCCUGGCUCAGCGCCCCGCCCCGGCCUCCCAUCCUGCAUUGGCGGGAGCCCGGGAUGGCCGUCGGGGCAGCGCGCGGCCACAUGUCUGUGAUGACCCAGCUCUUUUCCUGUCGCAGGUCCAUGGGUACAAAGGAGUCAAGUUCCAAAACUGGGCUAGGACCUACGGCUGUUGCCCAGAAAUGUACUACCAGCCCACGUCCGUGGAGGAGGUCAGAGAGGUGCUGGCCCUGGCCAGGCAGCAGAACAAGCGGGUGAAGGUGGUGGGAGGUGGCCACUCACCCUCGGACAUCGCCUGCACCGAUGGCUUCAUGAUCCACAUGGGCAAGAUGAACCGGGUGCUGCAGGUGGACACAGAGAAGAAGCAGGUGACUGUGGAGGCCGGCAUUCUCCUGUCUGACCUGCACCCACAGCUGGGCAAGCAUGGCCUGGCCUUGUCCAACCUGGGAGCCGUGUCAGACGUGACUGCAGGGGGCGUCAUUGGGUCCGGAACGCACAACACAGGGAUCAAACAUGGCAUCCUACCCACCCUGGUGGUGGCGCUGACCCUGCUGACGGCUGAUGGGACCAUUCUUGAAUGCUCCGAGUCCAGCAACGCGGAGGUGUUCCAGGCCGCGCGGGUGCACCUGGGCUGCCUGGGAGUCAUCCUCACCAUCACCCUGCAGUGUGUGCCUCAGUUCCACUUGCAGGAGAUCUCCUUCCCCUCAACCCUGGAUGAGGUUCUCGACAACCUGGACAGCCACCUGAAGAAAUCCGAAUACUUCCGCUUCCUCUGGUUCCCGCACAGCGAGAACGUCAGCGUCAUCUACCAGGACCACACCAACAAGCCCCCCUCCUCUUCAGCCAACUGGUUUUGGGACUAUGCCAUUGGAUUCUAUUUACUGGAGUUCCUGCUCUGGAUCAGUUCCUUCCUGCCAGGCCUCGUGGGCUGGAUCAAUCGCUUCUUCUUCUGGCUCCUGUUCACGAGGAAGAGGGAAAGCAGCAACCUCAGCCACGAGAUCUUCACCUAUGAGUGCCGCUUCAAGCAGCAUGUCCAGGACUGGGCCAUCCCCAGAGAGAAGACCAAGGAGGCACUGCUGGAACUGAAGGCCGUGCUGGAGACCCACCCCAAGAUGGUGGCCCACUUUCCUGUGGAGGUGCGCUUCACCCGGGGGGAUGAUAUCCUGCUGAGCCCCUGCUUCCAGAGGGACAGCUGCUACAUGAACAUCAUCAUGUACAGGCCCUAUGGCAAGGACAUACCACGGCUGGACUACUGGCUGGCCUACGAGACCAUCAUGAAGAAGGUCGGGGGCAGGCCCCACUGGGCCAAGGCCCACAACUGUACCCGGAAGGACUUUGAGAAAAUGUAUCCAGCCUUUACAAAGUUCUGUGCCAUCCGAGAAAAGCUGGACCCUACUGGGAUGUUCCUGAAUGCGUAUCUGGAGAAGGUGUUCUACUGAAGCAGAAACAGAAUAAAUUGAGCGAACCCCAUCCCAUCCCUCAGGUCCACCUCCAGGAGGUUGAAGGCUCAAUGUCCCCACUGGCCUGAUGGGGAGCAGACCUCUUUCCGCGGGCCCUCUGCCACGGCACCCACAGCUGCUCCCACCCACAGCCGUGAGCCUGGAUCUAGGCAGGGCUCCCCACUCUCUUCCUUCCUUUAUCCCUGCAACAACCCCAUGCAAGGAAGAGCACCCAAAUCUCUACAUCUCCUUGCGCCAGCCCUCUUCCCUGAACCUACAGUCACCACAUUCUUUCCCAGGAAAUAGAGAAACCCUGAAAUGUUAUGUUUCUUGAAGAGGGCAGGCCUUCGGUCAUUCACAGCUUCCACCUGCCGGCUAGUUGUCUGUGACUCCAGGGCCCCCAUUAACGUGUGUCUGGGCACAGCAGUCCUGUGUACUGUGUCCUGCCUCCUGUCACCCUUGAGGGUUUUUCAGAUGCCCAGGUGCGUGCCCACCUGCCCUGGGACUGCCCUCUUCCAGUUUCUCCCCGUCCCCCUGACCUCCCAUCGCCUGACCUUCAAGCAUGGCUGCUUCAGGGGAUGUUUGGGGAGUGGGACUCUCCUUGCCUUCUUUUAAAUAAAGACCAAGAAUUGAUUCACUCUCUGCACCCUCCUCUUCAUCUCCAGGUAACAGGAGGCUCCCUAAUUUCCUGGCUUCCCUCCAGAGCUCAUGGGUCUUGAGCCUGCCUGGAAAAUGUCCUUCCCAUUCCUUUUGCAAACUUAGUUUCAACUUGCCUCUGACCUACCACACUUUGUGAUCAUUCUUUUGUGAGCAUUCAUGGAACAUCCAGUAGGUGUCAGGUGCUUGGGGGGAUUAAGAGAACAUUAAGACAGGUUUCUGACCUCAAGAAACUUAUAUGCUAAUCUCCUAUCUCAUAAAAGGAUAAUAUCCAUGGUAUGUGAGGAUCUCUUAACAACUCAACAACAACGACAACAACAGAUGUAUGAAUAGGCAAAGGACUUGAGUCGACUUUUCCCCAAAGAAGAUAUCCAGAUGGCCAGUAAGCACAUGAAAAGAUGUUCCGCAUCACUAAUCUUUAAGGAAGUGCAAAUAAAACCUCAAUGA